CGUCACUGAAAUCCUCCCACCAUGCUGGGGCUGCUGCUGCUGCAGGUGUUGGCCAGCUGCCUCUGGCUGGGACACAGCGAGGUGGUGAAGUCCUUUGAAGAAUGUCCUCAGUUCUUCUAUGCGGAGACCACCCCAAAUGAUGCCCUGAAUCCAAAGAACCCAGCCUUGAUCUGUCAGCGUUUUAACAACUCAUAUCACUAUGCAACGCUGUACGACAGAGACAGGAGAAUUCCAGUGUACUCUGCUUAUAAAUACCAGCCUGGAGAUGCCAAGAAACCUCCAGAGUGGUGGAUGGUUGAGCCCCAGCUCAUAGAUAAAAAUAGUAUUCCAGACAUGGAAAGGGAUUGGAUCCUCAUAGAACAAAAAAAGUUCACCUCAGACCAAAUCAAAGAGAGCCAGGCUGUCCAUAAUGACUACAAAGGACUGAAGGGUUUGGACCGUGGCCAUUUGAGCCCCAGUGGACAUCAGUUCAGUAGAGAGAGCAUGAUGGCUACCUUCACCCUCACCAACGUAGUGCCCCAGGACAGAAGUCUCAACAAGGGCGAGUGGAAUGCCUAUGAGCUAAAAACGAUGUCCAAAAAGACCAAGGGCUGUAAAACCACCUACGUGAUCACGGGUGCUGUGCCUGGGAACACCUACAUUGCUGAAGAGAGGGUUAACAGACCCAGCCACAUCUGGUCAGCAGCCUGCUGCCUGGGGGACGAAGAGCCCAAAGAUGCUUGGGGGGCCAUUGCUGAGAACAACAAGAAUGAGGUGGAGGAGCUCAGCCUGAAGGAGCUGGAGAAGAGGCUGACUGAGCUCUACGGUGGAACGGUUACUCUGUUCAGCUCUGCCUGUCCCCGGAAAUAAGCCUCACAUCCUCACUGGAAUUCACUUGGUGCCUUUUCCCACAUGUCACAGAAUGACAGAAUGGGUUGGUUUUGAUGGGACCUUCAAGCCCUAAAGAUCAUCUCA